AUGGGCUACGUGAGUGCCACUUGGCCCUACGUGAAUGCUCGGUGCCCCGCGCGCUCCGAACUCAGUGGCAAGACCCCGUGUGUAUUCCAGUGCAGAAACGAUUACGAGUGCCCUUACAUGAUGCUCUGCUGCUCAAACGACUGCGGUCGAGUAUGCGUUGUGCCGGAUACUGAUCACGGUCCAACUCGGUGCGGCUGCUCUGCCACUUUCCUUAGCGACUUAGAGGAGUAUAAUUCCAAUCCCCCGGACAUCGCAAGGGUCGGCAAUUUUGUGUGGAAAGUCCUCCAGGGAAAUUUGUCUCCCUCACUCGAGCCUCAUGCCUUCUUCGGCUCAAUCUACAAUCGUGACUGGCUCGGGGCAGACGUGAAGGACGACUGCACGAUGGAACUGAGUCUACAGAGUCGGCAAAUGGGUUAUCGUAUUUAUGACCCUUUCACAAUGGAUACCAGAAUGAUGUUUGCCAUCAUCACGAACCGAAGCACUACCUUAUCCCUAAAUGAUCUAAUUAACUUCCGUGUCAUCUUCGAUCCGCUGGUCGUCAUCAAGGUCGGCGACGUGAACACCACGCAUUGGCUGGACGGCCUUGAUGACCACCUUAUUGCAGUGGACAGUAUAGCUGACCUUGACGCAGCUGUUCAGGAGGCUAAAAGAUACAUCAGCGAGGUUGGGGAGCCAUGUGCAGGAGACUGCGACCGAUUUGCCUUUGUAUGUGAUGAAGGAACCUGCCAGCGUGAUUUGCCAGAAUCUGUGCCUACAACUUUUACGAACUAUUUUGGUGAAUUUGAAGAUUAUGAUUAUUACGAUUAUUAUGAUUAUGAUGAGUAUUUCGACUAUUUCGACAUGACAAAGGGAAAACCAGACGUAAAGAAAGAAAUUAAUACAAAUAAUCCCAGACACAAAAACGGCUCUCAGCAACACGCAAACGGUCGCAUAUUCCCUUCGAUUAUAAAAAAGAAAAACACUACACAGACAGAGAUACCCAACAAAAACGAAAACAAAAAAUCGUUCGCUCAGCCGACACCGUGCAGCAAAUCUCUUUACACGGAAUGUAUGGGAUACCUCUUUAAGGAAGACAGAGAUAGGUGCAAGGAGAAGAAAGCGAGAGAAAACUGCACCAAACCAGAUCAAGACUCUCAGCACAAGAAGAUGGCGAUUUUCGAUGAGGGACCGAAGAGAUAUCUCUACCGCACGCUGGACUACACAGGUCACUGCGCUGCUGGACUAUUUAGGUGUUCUGGGAUUCCGACUCUCUGCCUGUACGGCGAACUACUCUGUAAUGGUGAAGAUAACUGCAUAUUCGGGGAGGACGAGGAUGAAAGUUUAUGCUCAACACGCAAAUGCUUGGUCACAGAGUUCCGCUGUGCUUCCGGCCAGUGCAUCAAGAAGAGUCAGGAAUGCGAUGGCAAAACAGACUGCUUGGACGGCACUGACGAACACUGUGCACUUGCGUCCGACUGCCCGACACCUCGCACUCACUACUGUGGUGCUGGCGCUUGCAUUAAAGAGGCGUUCUUAUGUGACAACAUCCUAGACUGUCCCCAUGGUGAGGACGAGAUGCCCUGUAAUUGUACAGGGUUCAAAUGCAGUUCAGGUGAAUGCAUUGAUAAUUAUUUCUUGUGCAAUGGAAGACAGGACUGCAGCGAUCGAUCGGAUGAAGCAGCCGAUGUAUGUGCAGGCUUUAUUUGUAGUGAAGGCUAUUUUAAAUGUAAUAGUGGCGAGUGCAUUCCAGAUUAUGAGGUUUGUGACUGUAGUCUAGACUGUGCCGACGGAUCUGACGAAACAAGCUGCCUAGCCACCUCAACGUCCUACAUUUGGAGGUGCGACAAUGGCCACUGUAUCUCUGAAUGGGAGUUUUGCGAUGGCUUCAUUGAUUGCUAUGAUGGAUCUGAUGAAUAUAACUGUACAGGUGAAUCCUCUUGCUAUGGAUUUACUUGUGAUUCAGGUCAAUGCAUAAGCAAUUAUAGUAGAUGCGAUAUGCGACUGGACUGUGCAGAUGGUUCUGAUGAAAGUGAGUGUGGAACCUAUAUUUGUCCUUCAUAUAAGUUCCAGUGUGGAACAGGACACUGCAUCUACUCCCACAAUGUAUGCGACGGUCGCGAAGAUUGCCCCGAUGGCAGCGAUGAGGUUGACUGUAACAAUUCUGAAGGAUGUGAUGAAUAUCACUGUUCAUCCGGAGAGUGUGUUUUAGAGUCUAACCUUUGUGAUGGGGUUUACCACUGUGAAGACCGCAAGGAUGAAAGCGUUUGCCAGGCAGUUACAUGUCCAGCCUAUCGUCCUUACAAGUGUGCCUCCGGGGAAUGUAUUUAUUCAUCAGACCAUUUUAAUCCGAGGUGCAAUGGGCACAAAAAUUGUCAAGAUGGCAGCGAUGAGAUUAAUUGCGAAGACGUACCCUGUCCACCAGAUAAAUCCUUCCGAUGUGGACCAGGUGAAUGUAUUUACAGUCAUUAUGUUUGCGAUCAUUAUAUUGCCUGUCUGGAUGGCAGCGACGAGAAAGGAUGUGACUGUAGGAAUGGUCAAUUCAGCUGUGAUUCAGGUCAGUGUGUCUCGGAUAACCUUCGCUGCAAUGGUAUGUGGGACUGUUUGAGUGGCAGUGAUGAGAGCAUGUGUAGUAAUUUUACUUGUCCUUAUCAACGCCCAUUCAAGUGUGGGUCUGAUGUUUGCCUUACGGAUACCAUUUUCUGUAAUGAAGGCGCUGAUUGUCCCGAAGAUGAGCAGGAAGUCUGCCUAAGCACAGAGUGUGGCUACAGUGCAUAUCAAUGUGAUUCAGGUGAAUGUGUUUAUGGACAUCAAUGUGAUGGCUAUAUAGAUUGUAAAGACAGAAGCGAUGAGACCAACUGCCAGAUUUUCACGUGUCCUCCUGAGCGUCCUUAUAAGUGUGACUCAGGUGAGUGCAUUUGGGAAUUUGAAGUCUGCAAUGGGUAUCCGUUCUGUAAAGACGCGAGUGAUGAAACCCGCUGCAGUAAUGAAACUUGUCCCCAAGAACGUAGUUUCUAUUGCUUAUCUGGGGAAUGUAUUUCCGAGCAUUAUACCUGUGACGGAUUUGAAGACUGCCGAGAUGGGAGUGAUGAGAUUGCACAAUGCGAGACAUACUGUACUGAGAGCUACAACAUCUGCAAUGAUAGUAAAUGUUUCCCAACAAAAUGGAUUUGUGAUGGAAUCCAAGAUUGUUACAAUGGUGAAGACGAGAACGACUGCGAAGGCUUUGAGAGGCAAUGUAAUCCGGAUGAAGUUAAAUGUACAUAUGACAACUCAUGUAUACCCUCAUGGUAUGUGUGUGAUAACUUCUUAGACUGUGCGGAUGGGGAAGAUGAGCAAAACUGUUCCGGCACCACCACACAGAUUUGGACCAAAUAGGGAGUUAAUCAAGUGAUCCAGAUGAAAGACUCCGAAGAAAAAAAAUACUGCAGAUAAGAACAUAGAUAUUAAAGAGAAGGGUCUUUAUGUUUUCCGUAUCAAAUAUUUGCUAAAAUUCUCCAAAAUUACAUAAUAUUCUGAACCGCUUCUUCUAGAAUAUGACAUUUUUAAAUAAUUAAAAUCUAGUUGCUGAAACAGAAUGCCAAAAUAACAAAUACGAAAUGAUAAUAAUGAAAACAAAAAUAGA